GGUGGAGGGGGCGGGGCUGGAGGACUCCUCAGUCGCUGAUUGAAUCGGAGCUGGUGGCGGGAGGAUGUUGUUCUACUCUUUUUUCAAGUCCCUGGUGGGGAAGGAUGUGGUGGUGGAACUGAAGAACGAUCUCAGCAUCUGCGGAACUCUACACUCCGUUGAUCAGUACCUGAACAUCAAACUGACCGACAUCAGCGUCACGGACCCAGAGAAGUAUCCUCACAUGCUCUCGGUGAAGAACUGCUUCAUCCGAGGCUCGGUGGUUCGCUACGUCCAGCUUCCCGCGGACGAGGUCGACACGCAGCUGCUCCAGGACGCCGCCAGGAAAGAGGCCAUUCAGCAGAAGCAAUGA